AUGACCACCACCGUCCCAUUGAUAUACUCGUUCACCGAGUUCGUGGGCGUCGCCGACGCAGUGGCUGACCAUGUGAUCAGCGCCCAGAAUAUGGCCUUGUACAACACCUUGGACACCGACCAGAUCGCACUUCUCAAGCAACUGCUCCAGCGCCCCCAGUUGGCGCUGACCGACAGCACCGCCACCCUCUCCACACCAUCGCCAGGGCGUAGCACUGCCAGUCCCAUUGCCAACGGCAACGGCAAGGUCAAGAAGGAAAAGAAAAAGAAGGCAGAGGCUCGGUUCAAGAUCGCGCUUCUGGGCGGUUCUUUGAUCAAGAUCUUGCAACAGGGCCUCUUGUCACGCAACGACGGCUCUAUCGAGUGGGACAAGUGGGACGUGUACUUUGCCGACGAGAGAUUGGUGCCGUUCGAGUCGCAGGACUCCAACUAUGGCCAGGCCAAACGUGAGAUCUUCGACCACAUCCAAGGCGACCUCAAGCCUCGUGUGUUCCACAUCGACGAGUCGCUCAUCUCCGACCCCCAGGAGUGUGCAGACCACUACGAGAAGGUUUUGGUGUCGAACUUUGCCAAAAAGGACUCGGUCAAGUUGCCCAUGUUCGACUUGUUGUUGUUGGGAUGUGCUCCUGACGGCCACAUAGCGUCCCUCUUCCCCAACCACGGGGAGCAGUUGCGUGAGAAGUUGGCGUGGUGCAUGCCUGUGUCCAAAGCGCCUUCAGGUCCCGAGAACAGAAUCACUCUCUCGAUUCCCGUGAUAUGUCAUGCCAGCAGAGUGACCUUCGUAGUGGAGGGAUUGACCAAGGCGCCUAUCAUGCGGAUCAUCAUGGAAAGACCCGAGAAGGGGUUGCCUAGCUCCAUCGUCAACGAGGGCGCAGCAGGCAAGGUGACGUGGUUCGUGGACGAUGACGCGUUGAAGGACUGCUACGACGUGACCAAGAAGAAGUACAAGUUCUUGUCGAUGGCGCCCCCAGAGGUGAAUUAG